AGGCUCGCGCUUUUUGAAAGGACGGUGGGGUUCGUUAUGUACACGGGCCGACUAACUGUAAAGUAUUGCGAAAAUCGCUGUUGAAAACUGAACAUAGCCAGUUGAAAAGCAACAUUCCGAGCCUUUUGGGAUUACUGAGUGAGAGGAAGAUGUGGCGAAACCAAGUGUUCACACUACAGAGAAAACCGCGAGCCCCGCUAGUAUAGUCAACAGAAAGGAGAACUACCUCCUCAAAUCUUAUUCUACUCGCAUAGCAGGAACAAUCCGCAAAUGGAUCGGCAUUCCACGGACACAACGAAUCGGCCUGACGUCCCUGGCGAGUGCGGCCGAUUGACGCCGAUGCCGCUGUCCUGCAUGAGGCACUAGGUCAAUCAAGGUGUGAGAAGUGGAAGGUCACAGACUACAGGAGAUAAAGUUGGAAGGAUAACAGAGAGGCAACUGGGACGUGAAAGGAACACACCAGGUUUGGGAGGAAGAGGAGAAAACCGUCAAGCAUCAAGUGGGUGGCAAAGAUGAUGACAUCACAUGGAAAACUGAGGAGGGAGAAGGGUAGUCUGGCCGAAUAUGAAUCUCAGAUGAAAGACUUGCGAGCACAACUGACUGACCAGAUCAAGAUUUUGGACUCCCAGGUAGAGGUGAAACAGCAGCAGCUCUCAGAUCUUUCUGAGUUUCUCCGCCGACGCGGCGAUAUCGAGGCCGAGUACGCACGAGCCCUUGAUAAACUCACAGAGAGGUUCACACACAAGACCAAGAAGAAGGAGCAGUGGGGUCAGUCAGUGUGUCAAGUCUGGUCUGUUUUGCUGACUCAGACUCGUUUGGAAAGUCGUGAGCACUCAACGUUGGGUGACACCUGCUGCAACGCACUUACGCAGCGGUUAGCGCACAGUACCGAGGACACACACCGGCUCCACAAACGGAGCAAAGAGGUUGGAAUCCAGAUGCAGGAUGAGUUGCUUAAAGUCACUACUGAGCUGCAGACGGCUUUGAAGACAUACAAUCAGUACCACACUGACUGCCUGAUAGCUGAGGGCAAACUGAAGGAGGCUGAGCGAUUGGAAGAGCGACACACUGGCAAGUCUGCUGAGCUCGGCAUCGGCCAAUCAGGAGGGCAGAGGCGCAGCUCUGUCAAGAAGAUGGAGAGAUUAAUGGAGAAGAGGCAUGGCCGAGUGCAGGAGACCCAGCUCAAGUGCACUAAAGCUCGAAACGACUACCUGCUCAAUCUCGCUGCUGCCAAUGCGGCCAUGAACAAGUACUACCUGCAGGAUGUCAGCACUCUCAUUGACUGUUGCGACCUGGGUUUCCAUCCGUCUGUGGAGAGGGUAAUGAAGUGCUACCUGGCUAGUCGGUGGCGCAUCCAAAAGACGGAGGAGGCAGGGCUCAAGCAGCUGGAGGCCGCAGUAACGUCGCUGGACCAGGGCGGAGACAGAGAUGCCCUGCUGCAGCAGCAUGAUUCCGCCUUCUGCCUUCCGUUUAGGUUUAACUACCAUCCACACGAGGGCGACCAGGUAUGUGAGGUGAGCGCGGAGAGUCAGGUUAGAUACGAGAUGGAGACUAGAUUUCAACAACUUCAGUCUCGACUAGCUGCUGUCACUCUGGAGACAGAGGAGGUCAGUAAAACCCUCAAAGCGACACUCACAGCCCUGCUGGACUCCAUGUGUGACAGCGACUGCAACGCCGCCCCCGACGUGCCCAGCAGCCUAUUACACGAGGCCGCCGGGGCAGGCUCCGCCCCGAAACUUACCCUCGCCAAACGUCGAGCAAAUCAGCAGGAGACAGAGACCUACUAUUUUACAAAAGUGAAGGAGUUUCUCACCAGUAGUUCUCUGACUUUCAAACUUCAAGCCAAACACGAUCUACUCCACGAUGCCAUUCAGAAAGCUGAGGCCGUCAACACAGACCCCUCCAGAGCUCAUUGCGCUCGCUCGGUGCGAGUUCGCAAGUCCAGACCAAUAUCCCAAUUUUGCCACACACUCUUCAGCACCGAUAUACUCUCCUACAUACAGAGCUCCGGCCAGCAGAUCCCUGUGGUGGUUGAAAGCUGCAUCCGCUUCAUAAACCUUCACGGUCUCCACCAUGAAGGAAUAUUCCGAGUUCCUGGGUCACAAAGAGAAGUUAAUUUGAUCAAAGAUGCUUUUGAGAGAGGAGAAGACCCUCUGUCAGACAGUGAGUGUGACUUGGAUUCAGUGGCUGGGGUUUUGAAGCUUUAUUUCAGGGGCCUCGAGCCUCCCCUCUUCCCUUAUGAGAGCUACUUGGAGCUGCUGGAGUGUGUCCAAAUCGAAGGUAUGGUGGAGAAAGCGGCACAGAUCAAAUCGAUUGUCUCUGCCUUCCCACGACCUCUCCUCAUCAUAAUGCGAUACCUGUUCGCAUUCCUCAAUCACGUGACUCAGUACAGCGACGAGAACAUGAUGCAGUCCUACAACCUGGCCGUCUGCUUCGGCCCGAGCCUGCUGAGGGGGGAUGAUUCGGAUGAUGCCGUUGCUCGGCAGCCACAGGUCAAUGACCUUGUCAAAACCAUGAUCCUUCAGCACGAUGUCAUAUUUCCCGGCCAGUCCGAAUUGCCAGGCCCGAUUUAUGAGAAGCACAUGACCCUUGAGCAGGAAUAUUGUGAACCAAUCACAGAGGAGGGAGAUGGAGAGGCUGAACAUCUACCAAGUGAGGAUGAGUGGGAGGCCAUGGCAAUGUUCGACUAUGUGGCGAGGUCACCGGCAGAGCUGUCGUUCAAGCAGGGAGAUCUCCUUACUCUUCAUAGCAAGGCCUCUUCUGAAUGGUGGAGGGGUGAAGCAGCAGGGGUCAAAGGUCUCAUCCCACACAAGUACAUCAGUGUCUUGGAAGGGUCAGAGAGAGGGAAAAGAGAAGAAGGAGGAGGUGGCAGCGGCGGCAGCACUGGAAAUUUGUCAACAGAAGAUCCUCAUACAGAAAACACUGUUCGGAUGCGGGUGAACAGCGAUGGUGCUUCCUUGCCCGGGCGACAGCGAGGAAGUGAUGGAAGCCCUGGUCAAAAGCCACCCGCCUCCCCGGCUGCACGUCACCUUCCAGUGUCUCAGGAGCGAAGACACACGCUGGACACUGUGAGACAGGCAGGGUUCAAACCUGUGGACAGACCUGCGUUUGUUCAGGCAGACAGGACAUCAGCUGACAAGGAGAUGAUCAGUCGCCAGAUGAACUCUGUGUUUAAGGAGCUCUUGUCUCGACAACCUCCCAUGCAGCCGCCAACUCUCGCAGCCGUGGCUCCCCCCGGUCCCCCUCCUUCUUCCUCCUCCUCCUCCUCCUCUUCCUCUCCGCUCCCUCAAGCUGCCCCCACUGCCAGAAAAGUGGGCUUUGGUAUCCGAGGACGGGCCCUUUUCCGUCCGGUGGAGUGACGUACCCUAAAACUGGAUGGAUGAUUGAAAGUAUGGAUUUAAAGCUUGAGAAGGAAUACGGUGUCAUGCAUUCUGGAAAAAUCUUGAUUUAUUUUUAGGAUAAAUGUAUAUAUUUACAUUUGUGCCAUCUCAUCGUGCCACACGGUGCUGUUUUGCAGUAUGUCUUGUGUGAUUUUUCAGCUGCUUUUGGUCUUUUUUUCCAAAUAUGUAAAGCCAGAUUUGGUCUCCCUUUUUCGAAAAUAAGGGAUGUGUUCUGUCUGUUAUGAAGGAAUAUUAGGGCGACACUGAAAAAAAUGGUAACAUUACAAAAAGCAAGCUUGAAAUUUUAUCAGAAAAAAGUGAUACUACAGGAGUAAAAUUUGUGUUUACAGCCCACACUCGUCAAUAAUUUUUUACAAAUCAGAGAUGUAAGUAAACUAUACUAAAUGAAUUUUUAAGAG